AUGGGAAACCAAAGCAACUCGAAAGGGAAGGCAGUGAUGUACAACACAACGCCACCAUGUAGCCCUCCCAUCUUUUCCGAGAAUAGCGGAGGUAGCGCCCCCAACGGCUCAGACCCCAGCAUGAACACGCUUCAGGGUUCAGCUCCGCCUUCCUUCCGAGGCCCCGAUGGUCGCAAUCUCCUCAACACCAUUCUCGCCUUCAGUUCUAGAACAAACCGGAGCGCCACACCUCUCCAGAACGGGACACCUCUCCGGAACGGGGAGCUUGACGAAUGGGACUUUCACCCCGACGAACCCGACUCCGAUCGCAUCUUAACACCUUUUCGGAUCGUGCUGGGAGACAUCAGAGUUCGCCUCGAGCGCGGAGAAACGAAUUUGACGUUGAGUGGAUAUAUCCUAGAAGAUAUUAUAUUUGACCUCAAGUCUUCGGAUAGGGAGUCGCCAUCUGUUCGCGCAAUGAUACACGAUUUCGAAAAUCACCUGAUGGAGAAUGGUAUCGGUUUACACUCCAAUGUCACUACACCGGUGGAAUGCCCGAUUGACCCCGGCAAUGGGGAAAUGCCCUCGCCACAUCCGCAUUUGGCAUUGCACAAUUUCACGAGUAGGCCGACCGACUAUGAAACGGGAGGGCCUUCUAAUUAUUGGUUGCCAAAUGUUCCAAAUAACACCGCAGAUACGCCAAGGGAUCUUCCCCAUCCUCCCCACAUAAUGAAUGAGUUCGAAGUUCACCAGCCCGCGGGCAGUGAAACAUAUGAGGGGCCAGCAUAUGGAUCCCGUAGAACCCUUAACGAACAUUCUCUGAUGUACCAGCCAAGGACCGUGGCUCCAGAGCUAUCAAGAGUAGUCAUAGAUGAAACGCUCGAAUAUUGGGAAGAAUUCGAAUACAUCGAACAACCAGUGAGCUGGGAAGAUCCUGAACCAGAACGGAAUCGAGUUACAACCUCCAACACCAUCAAGGUGCGGAAGAAUUCUGCCAGUCCCUCAAGACGUUCAAUUCCAAUAGGCAAAACCCAAUCUCUUCGAUGCCCCUAUGUUGUACUCUCAAAUGUUACCAAUGUUUCUGUUGCAAUGGGGGUUGUCAUAUGUUUCUUUUUCCUAUUUUGUUUUGUUUUUGUUAUUUUUGGCCUAAAUUCGGACACCGUAUUGCUAGCGGAACACAAAAUUUAUCCGCUGGCACCAGGAGGAACACGACACCAUUGGACAAUACUGAGGAAUAUGAGAAAGGAUAAAAUACCUCGCGCCACCAGUCUGGAUCCGUAUACGGGCACAGAAACUCGCGUCGCAUACCACUUCUUGGUGGAUUCCCUCACUAAUCUUGAAUGGACCCUUGGAAGAGCUGAGAAUCCGGAUUGUCAUGACAAAAUUCGAGAACGCGGGUGCUGGAGAUCCUUUAAACGACCACGAAUCAUAAGUUUGAAAAACAUGGAGACAGGAAGUUGCCUUACUAUUUUCCAAUGA